AGGAGGAGCAGAAGACAGGUCAGACCCAGCCUGGGUGCACUCGUGUGGCUCGCCAUGCACAUAACCCAGCUCAACCGGGAGUGUCUGCUACACCUCUUCUCCUUUCUGGACAAGGACAGUAGGAAGAGCCUUGCCAGGACCUGCUCCCAGCUCCAAGAUGUGUUUGAGGACCCUGCUCUCUGGCCCCUGCUACACUUCCAUUCCCUCACCGAGCUCAAGAAGGACAACUUCCUGCUGGGCCCAGCACUGCGCAGCUUGUCCAUCUGCUGGCAUUCCAGCAGAGUGCAGGUGUGCAGCAUCGAGGACUGGCUCAAGAGUGCCUUCCAGAGGAGCAUCUGCAGCCAGCAUGAGAGCCUGGUCAAUGACUUCCUCCUGCAGGUGUGUGAGAGGUGCCCCAACCUGGCCUCUGUCACUCUCUCCGGCUGUGGCCACGUCACCGACGACUGCCUAGCACGCCUGUUGCUUAGCUGCCCUCGCUUGCGUGCGCUGCACCUAGAGAACUGUGCACGGAUCACCAACCGCACCCUGGCAGCAGUGGCAGCACACGGGUGCGCCCUGCAGACACUCCACGUGGACUUCUGCCGCAACGUGAGCGCCGCAGGCCUGCGCAGCCUGCGUGCCGCCUGCCCGCGCCUGGCACUGCGCGCAGAGCACAGUGCGGCCAUGAUCCCUGACCAGUCGCCGUGGGCACCAGGGACUGGAGCAUCGUCUCGCAAGCCUCUGCUGCACUAGCCACACGCCGCCUGCUUUGGUAUCCUGUCUGCUACCUCCCGCUGCAGAGAAGCGUGCAAGAUUAAACGAGCCUAUGCUCGGAACAGACUUGGAGGGUCUCAUCAGACGCUAGCACUGUCCACGUGCUCAUGGGGGAGGGGGGCACGCGACCCUCGGGGCUCUGAUUGCACUACACACCUCUGGAGCAGCCACAGGAUGGUAAUCCCCAAGCCUUUCCUGAGGCUGAAGCUGUAUGCACAGGCUAUUUUAGAAAAUUAACCCCCAUCCUUAAAUGACCAAAUUACCCAUACUCCCACAGUUCUCUAAGGGAAAAUACAUUAUUUUAAAAGUAGCAAUUACUGCCUGAUACAAAGCAAUGUGCUGACGUAGAACACAUGCCUGGACUUCCUAAGUCAACUUUAGUCACAUGUUCCACCUAACUGGGUAAGGGCUCUCAGGGAGGUCAACUCACAUCAGUAGAAGGCAGGGCACCAAGCAUAGAUAAAAUCAGCAUGAAGUGGCCCUGAACAACUCUUCACAUGUGGGCAGGUGGCCACUCCAACCCCGGUGUCUACUCAGAAACAGGCCUGGCUAGUCUUCUGUCUGGAAAGCCACCUGCAGUGGAGUGCAGGCAUGCUAUAAGGCUGUUUACCCUUUGUCGGUUUGACUGUGAAAGAAAGGCCUUGAGGGGACAUAAUUUUUCUCCCACUGCAGUCAGCAAUGCUGAAAGCAACCUCUGACCAGUGCCUCAAAUAGCCACUUAAAACUCUGGGCCUUUGCUCUCACCAGCUCCACUGACCCAAUUCCCAGCAUGUCCCUAUUGUUCUGAGCUGGUGGUUUAGCCUGGGAAUGACAGGAUCUUGCUAGCCCUGAGACCCAGAGCAGGCCAGUUCUCCACAGACUCCACUUCUUUAAUUGGGUAUUGUGGGAAGCUAGAGAACCUGGUUUGUGGACUUCUUGUGAAGAUCAGGCUGGUUGUAAAGCAGAGGUUCUUGCAGAUGGAGCCUGAAUGGGGUAACCUGCACCUCUCUAAGCCCCUUCCCCAUGAGAGCUAAGUACCCAGGGUAGUCCCACUUAGAGAGCCAAUAGUGACAACAGAAUUAAAGCUGUGCUAAUGUCCAUAUUUAAUACUGUUUCCAGGGCUCAAACCUGCUUCCCACCCUAGUCAGAGUAACUCUGAAUCCGUGAGCCAAGGGCCACUUCUGCCUUCAGUCACUGCCCACAAACAGUGGGCAUGCCUUGCCUACUCUAAAUAAAUCCAAGUCUUUUUUGGGCUGCAUAGAACAGGGGCACUGCAUGCUUAGUUAUUCCCGGCUCAUUCCUCACAGCACCUCCUGGGCAUUGGGCGUGUGCUGAGCCAGGCUGUACCUCAAGGGCUUUGGUCCUAGUUGGGAAAAGACAUAUAGUGGGGGGUGAGGGGUGUUCUUAAAUGAUCUCCUAGCUCUACCACCCAGCUUCUGAUAAGUUCUGACCUGAGUUUGUUUAUCUGUAAAACAGGACCUCUAUUUGUGUGCUGCUAGACAUAUGCCCCUGCAUUCACACAUUACACACACUCUAAUAAUGAAUGAAAACUAGUAAUUAAAAAUGGGACCAACAACUCUUA